GUUUCUUUUGGUUAAAGCCCCUUAUCUGCAUACUGGCCAUCUCUUUAAUAACCCAACUCCACCCCACUGCCCAUUCCUCAUCUCCUCAACCUCCCUUCACCUUUGAACCUUGUGGCAGCAGCAGCAGCAGAAUGGCCAGUGCACCAGUACUUUCCGGCGCCACAAUCAACACCAUCCUCCUCCAGAAGCAGCCAGCAACUAGCCUACGAUCGGUGUCGAACUUCGGCCAGGGUCUUUUUGGGCUGAAGGACAGCACCCUUGGUGGCCGAUUGGUUGCCAAGGCAGUGUACAGUGUGAAGCUACUCACCCCAGAAGGAGAGAAGGAGUUCAUGUGCCCGGACGACGUAUACAUCCUCGAUCAGGCCGAGGAAAUAGGAAUCGACCUUCCAUAUUCAUGCCGGGCAGGGUCUUGCUCUUCGUGCGCAGGGAAAGUAGUGGGAGGGAAGGUGGAACAGUCGGACGGCAGCUACCUUGACGACGACCAGAUUGAAGAUGGUUGGGUUCUAACUUGUGUUGCAUACCCUCAAUCUAAUAUUGUCAUUGAGACCCACAAGGAGGAAGAGCUUGUUAGUUAGUUAGUU